GGGUUCGAUGUUUCAGUUAUUGUUGUGUUUUCGCGGAAAAUCGAAUUUCCUUCGCUGUGUAAGUGGGUUUAACUUUAAAUCUUAAUGAAAAAUGUUGUAAUUCUCCUUCAAAAUGUCCUUAUCAACACAGCGAGACGAUAGUGAAAGUCAUUAUGUAUUACUCGCAAAGCUAGACAACGCAAGGAACGUUUCUAACAUACUGAAAGCGAUCCAUUUCAAAGAGACAGCUACGCUCUUUGCAAGCUCUCUGGGGAUCAAGGUGACGGUUGAGGAUUCAAAGUGCGUACAGGCCAACUCAUUCAUCCAGGAGGGAGUGUUCCAUCACUUCAGUGUUAAAGAUGAACAGAUUACAUUCAAAAUCAAUCUUACUGUCCUUCUGGAAUGUUUGACAAUAUUUGGGAACACCUCUGUACCAGGCAUUACAACCAGUUUAAAAAUGUGUUACGCUGGCUAUGGAUGCCCACUUGUUCUUGUUCUUGAAGAAGAUGGUGUGCUGACAGACUGUACAAUAAAGACAUUAGAACCAGAUGAAGUUUUGGACUUCAACUUUUGUAGUACGAAUGUCAUCAACAAAAUCAUCAUGAAAUCGGAGUGUCUGAAGGAAGCCUUCAGUGAACUGGACAUGACCAGCGAUGUCCUACAGAUUUUGAUGUCGCCUGAUCAGCCCUAUUUCAGACUGUCAACUUUUGGUAAUGCUGGCAGCACACACUCUGACUUUCCAAAAGACUCAGAUAUGGUAGAGUCCUUUGUAUGCACUCAGACACAGACAAACAGAUACAAGAUUUCACUUUUAAAACCUUCAGUAAAAGCUUUGGCCUUGUCUACGCGAGUUUCGAUCAGGACUGACAAUCGCGGCUUCCUGUCUCUACAGUAUAUGAUCAAGAAUGAGGACGGACAAGUCUGCUUCGUGGAGUACUACUGUGCACCAGAUGAGGAUGUAGAUGAUGAUGACAGCUAACAAAGAAUCAUUCAGACAUCUAUAGAGACUCGAGUGUAGUGUGAAAACUUACAAUUGUUCAGAGAAUUAACUUGAUGAACAAUGGAUUCUUAUUCCAAAGAGUCAUUUACUGCUCAACAUCAAUCUUACAUUGACCUUGUUUUAUCAUUAUUAAAGUUUUAGUUAUUAAAAAUUGUUAUAUA